GGGAUCCCGCGGUGGCCUUGACGACGGCAGGCGCGAAGGCAACGCUGUGGAGCAGCCGCGAGCCAAAGCCAUGAGAACGCGCUGUCUGUGUCAAAUUUGCACCUGCGGGCGGCAUCAUUGUCCACAAGGAGCUACAAAGAUUUAUGACCAUGCUGGAGUAUUUUACCCCACAACUGAGUAUUUGGAAAAGUACCCUACAUAUGGUGGUGUUCUUCCUCCACCAAGUCUUAAACCCAAGCAACAAUUUCAAGCAUGCCGUGGUAAAAUGGAAGGAAUAACUACAUUUAAGUCUGAUUACCGCCCUUACGAAGUAGUCCAGCCGUCUCGGCACAUACCAGAAGAAUAUAAGCCAAAGCAGGGGAAGAUUGAUUUUGGUACUACCUACAAACAAGAUUUUAAUUCCUACCAAGUGCAACCUGUGGCAAUAGUCCGGCCUUUGGAAAGACAACAACUUAAAAAAGGAAAGUUGGAUACUGUCCCAACCUAUAAAGAUGACUAUAGACCUUGGGAGCUUCAGAAACGUGAACUUUGUAAGCCGGAGCACACCUACCAUCCCCCGACAGUGAGGUUUGGGAAUGCAACCACAUUCCAGGAUGACUUCGUGCCCCGUCCACUGGAAAGCAGAUUCACCAGGCGGAAGUGGGCACACGGGCCCCAGCAGGAGGGUAGCAGUGGCUGCAGGCCUGUGGGGGCGGCACUGCGGGGCCCCUGCCCCUUCCAGGGCUCCACCAUCUACUCGGUGGACUUCACCCCAAAGCAGCUGGAAGCCUGCCCUGCCAGCGACCCUUCUCCCCGUGGCUACAAGUUCGAAACCACAGACUCCCAAGGUCACAGGUUCUUCCGCAAGAUCACAGUGUAGGGAAACCAGGGAUCCACUUAGAGAAGCCCUAGGGAUCCCAAUUUGUAUAGUGUAGAAGAGAUUAUGAGACACAAGAAACCACUUUUUAGAUUUAGAAUCUUAAAAAUCCACUUGAACUCCUGUCUCAGCUAAGAUCGCCCUCCCCAGAAUUCCUGCAAGUGGAAUAUGCGCAGUGUGUGGUGGCUGCUCACCCUGGUGCAGCAGUCGCUCGUCUUGGGAUCAGCCAUCCUUUGUCAAGACAACAGUGAAUGGCCCUAAAAGUGACGUGUGGUUUCCUCUUCCAAGAAAGCAGGAUUUGUUUUCCCCUAGCUCCAAGGCCCUGCCCAAUGGUCUCCAGCUCAAGUUAUGGUUGUCAGUGUCAGACCACUGCACUGCUCCUCAAGUUAGGCUUUGUGGUGUGACAAGGCUCAGUUCUGAGAGCUGAGAGUCAGGACCCAAGUUCAAGUUCUCAUCCUUUACUUCGUGCCACCAGAGCCCAGUGGUCAUGUCUCUGAGCUGUGUCUUCAUUUGUAAAAGCAGAUAUCCUCUGCCUACCUCGCAAAAAAAUUUUUUUUCCAGACUCAAUUCUAUGUCUUAAUCCAUAAAGUAAAAGUACAGAUGAAAGGAUUGGUAAUAAUUGCCUCUUCAAACUGGGAUAAUUACCAGCUCAAAUCAUUCCUAGCCCGCUGCAAGGACUGAGAAAUAACCCGGUUUGCGCUUUGCUCUGAGCUUAUGCGUAGUAUGGAUGUGUGAGUGAAGUCUUGCCUCUCCUGCCUCACAGACUUCUCACAUUGCUGCAGAGAAGACCGAGCUUGGACGGAGUCCUGCCUUGGUGUGGAUGACAGUGUGGGCAGAAAGGACCAAGUGUUUGCUGCAGUAGUUUUAGGAGAAGCCACUGGGACUGUCCAAGCAUGUCCAGAGUCACUGUUUAGAAGCAGCUCCAGGCCCACUAUGGGGCAAUGUCACCCUCCCUAACUUGUGUACGAAGGUUAGUGCCAAGAAGAAAAGGAAUAAAGGCAGCCAAUGAAGGGGAAACACUAUUACAUUUGCAAAUGCUGGAAAGUUCCUAGUAAAGAAAAUAUACCGGGUAUUUGUUUUAAAUCAUUGAUUGCACUACGGAAGAAUAUGAUUUGUUUUAGUGCAAAGUGAAUCUUAGCCUUUUAUUAUUUAAGAAUUAUUUCAAAAUAUACUUUACUAAGAAUAAAUUCAUAUUUGAAAUAUAUCUAAUUAUUUGAAAGUAUCCCGCUCUUGUGUUUACAUUCAUUAGUGAAAAGCACAACAUGAAAAUUUAUAUUUCUAUGUGGCAAU